CCGUGCGGCAGAGGGGGAGCCAGCACCGGGGCGCCCCCCGUACCGUUAAGGCUCCCGCCUCCCUUCCGGCGGCUGUUCCUUCCCUACGCCGGGGGCAGACGGGGCGGACCGGAGCCGUGCCGAGCUCAGCCAGGUGCUGCUCUCUCUGCAAUGUCCAACCACCCCUGCCAGGUCCUCAUCCCCCUGCAUUAGGUGCUGAAGACAGCGAACGGCCAGCGCUGCACACACCAAGGUGGCCCUGGUCAGCGAGCCCGGAGAACAGUGCAUGAGUGCUGGGCACUGGCCUAGCCACACACACACACCGGCACCAUGGACUUCGUCAUGAAGCAAGCGCUGGGCGGGGCCACCAAGGACAUGGGGAAGAUGCUGGGGGGCGAGGAGGAGAAGGAUCCCGAUGCACAGAAGAAAGAGGAGGAGAGGCAGGAGGCCCUGCGCCAACAGGAAGAGGAGCGGAAAGCCAAGCACGCCCGCAUGGAAGCUGAGCGGGAGAAAGUCCGGCAGCAGAUCCGUGACAAGUAUGGGCUGAAGAAGAAGGAGGAGAAAGAGGCAGAGGAGAAAGCAGCACUGGAGCAGCCAUGUGAGGGCAGCCUGACGCGCCCCAAGAAGGCAAUCCCGGCAGGCUGUGGAGAUGAGGAGGAGGAGGAGGAAGAGAGCAUCCUGGACACGGUCCUGAAGUAUCUGCCUGGCCCACUGCAGGAUAUGUUCAAGAAGUAACAGCACCACCAACCCUGCCAUGGGGUGCUGGGGCAUGGGCGCCCUUUCUCCUCUGACCCCUUCAUCAGUUCCCUUGGCCCCGGGGAGGGUCACCACAGCCCCUCUCCAACCCCUCUUGCCCUUUCCCCCGACCAGACCAAAAACCCGCCCCGUCCCGUCCAGGCAGGGCCCCCCACCACGCUGUGCCAAAGGGGAGCAGCCCUGGCUGGAGAGGGCGAACCGGGACCAAAUGCACUGAUGUAACCUCGUGGCAGGCUGGGGGCGCUCCAGGCCCUACCAGCCCCCCCGGGGUGGCUCCCCGUGCCCCCUGCCUUGCCCCUCUUGCCCUCCCAGGGGACCCUGGCAGGCCUCCACUCGCCUGCCCUCGUCCCCAGCACUGCCAUCCCCCUGCCCCGUUCCGCCCUGGGCUAAGCCCAAAGCACAAAGCCAGGCGCCCUGCCCACAGCUCCCCCCCAUCCCCGGUCCCCGGGCACGGGGGUCCCCCGGGGCUGCCCGGUGUGCCCUAGCAUCGGGAGGUUGGAGGGGACCCCCCCUCCCCGCAUCUCUGGCCCCAUAGUUAAAGCCAUAUCAGUUAGACUGCAAUACUUCAGCACCGGGAGGAGCAGGCAUCGAGCUCCGCCGACCGUGUACAAAGGCACGCGCGGGGCAGGGACCCCCCUGCCUCGUCCCCCCCGCCCCGUCCCCACCGCUCGCUCGUCCCUGUCUCGUCCCUGCUGGCCCCAGUUCGCGCAUUAGUGUUUCCGUGCCAGGGUGCGCCCCAUCGCUCCAUGCGUCCUCGUGUCCGCUGCUCACGCUCCCACCCCCGCGUCCCCACUGUCCCUGGGGCCACCAGCAGCGCUGAGCCGAGGCCCCGUCACGCUGCUGGGGCCCCUGCUCUGCCCCCUGCAAUAAAGCCAGCACGGGGCUGAGGGCCGCCAGGCUGCGAGUGUCCAGCCACGCCCCUAGCUGACGCUGGACACACGGGUCCCCUGGGCCUGGGAAGGGAUCCCUGGGCGAGUGCCCCAGCCAUGUCCCAGGAGCUGCUGCUUGCACCUCAACGGGGAGAUGCAGGGGCAUGCCCUCACCCUGGCCCGUCCCUUGCUCCCCCGUCCCCGUGCUUCCCCAGCCAUAGCCCCCUGCUGUUCUCCCGGGAGGCAGCGGGUGGCUCAGGGCCCCGCAGACAUGCUGUGACCAUCCUGCUCGAACUAGUCUUUGACGAACUAAUAAAAUAAAGGGAUUUGUACAUUG